AUGGCCCAGAAUGGAUCCCGCAAGACUUCGCCUCCGUCCGAGAGCGUCACGGAGCCCCAAGACCUAUUCAAGACGGCCGAGGAUCUCAUAAGCCGAAGUGGCAAGCUGUGCGAGGAGCUUCAACAACUUCGUUUUGCCGUGGAGGCCCAAGCUACGAAAGUCAACAAUCACUGGCAUGCCUACAUCCCCGGCUUCAGCACCUUUUGGCAGGCCAACAUGACCCAGCAUCACCGCGCCGAGUCCCUGUUGCAGCGAUGCCAAGAACCAAGCGAGCCCGGCUCGGAAGCCGAGGGAUCCAUGCUUCGGGAUUUUAGGCUGCUGGAAGGGGAGCUGUCAUCGUAUGAGAAUCACUGGUCCGCCAUCAAGAAAUGCCGUUCCGUCACCUGGUUCCGUUUCGCCGUGCCCUACGCAAAGCAGAACGUGCAGAGCUCUGUUUUCAUCAGCGCCAUCGUUGAGAACGGGCAUGAGUGGAUGAGGGUCCUCAGCACGACCGAGCGAGCACUGUUGGUCCAGAUGGCCGAGGCAGACUUCCCCUGGGAUGAACCUGAGGACGAGGACGAUGAUGAACCUGAGGACGAGGACGAUGAUGAUCCAGAGCUGGCCGAGGUCCUUGACGACGACGAAACUCAAAUCGAGGUCCUAAAGUGCGCCAAGCAGCUCUUGACGGCUGCUCGAGAUAUUCACGGGGGAUAUCGUCACCGGAUACGCAUCGUUCUUCCCAAUAUUCAUCUCGGCAAAGUCCCUGCCAUAGACAGGUUCUUGAAAGGCAUUGAGAGUCUAGGUGACGACGCGAUUUCCCUCGCUCUGGAGUGCGCCGACGAGAGCCAGACCGCGCCUCCGCCUCUCGAGACCGCUGUGUCAAAUCUUCUCAGUCUCGGAAACACAGCAAGCACGCCGCCACUGACACCGGUUCUCAAUAUUGACACAUCCAUAUUUGUCGCUUUGACGACGGACAUCUCUCACAAUCAGGGCUCGCAGAGGAAAUGGCGGCCCAAAAUCCUCGAAGACGUCGCGGACGAGGCAGAGCACGGUCCCAGGCUCCCAAAGUCCCUUUACCCCGUCCUUCGCGGCCACACGCUCGUCUGCACCCGGGAAGCCGCAGAAACGUGUCUUCGAAUGGUCUACGACGCAUCUACCGAGUCAGAGGUUGCCAGGCUGGAAGUUCUCUUGGGUCAGGAGACUCUCCGGGGGAAGCAAGACGACAAAACGGCCUUCCUCGACCGUGUCCUGCGGCAAGACGGGUGGCCCAUGGAGGAAAGAGACGACGAGUCAACCGAGAGACGGCGCCGGAAUCUCAUCGCCGAACUGCAGAAGCUCUCUUGUCACAAAGUGCCAGACGACUUGCAGCUGCCGAUCCGCAUUGUCGAAGACUUCCGCAGGGAACACGUUCAAGAGGAGAUACGCAAGGGAACGCUGCCGAGGGUAGUGAUGGCGGUAGAACCGACCCUCAACGAGACCAACUGCUCGUCUUUUCUGUUUGGCUGGAAGACGGGCCACACAACCAUCACCUGCAAUCGCCACGCCGUGAGACGGCUGGGCAACCUUGUCAAGAAGCUGCGGUGGUCCCGAGACGCUGAGACGGCCCCCAUCGUCGCCCUCGAUUGGGCUCGUGGGCUGGCCAAGAUUCCGUUCCCUGGGGAGGUGCUGGUGGAUGCGCCCAUCGAAACCGGUUCCACUGUGUGA